AUGUCAGCUACUUCAGAAACUGAGUUGAUCGAAUUAAUGAAUUCUAUAGUCAUAUUCGAUCAUAUUGAAAAUAGUUACAUGAAUCUAGAAGACGUUGAACUUGAUGAUUCUUCAGAUAACACAAGAGAAAGUGCAAGUAAUAUGGAUAUAAUUGAAAAGAAUGCAGUUAAACCAUCUAUGCCAGAACUAUCGGAUACAAAUAUUAGAAUAAAAUCAGAGGACAUACCUAUAGAUAUAGCUUUCAACUCGUGGAAUGAGGUUGAAACUUUUUUUUUGGAAUACGAUGCACGAAACAGUUUUGCGGUCAACAAAUAUAGAAAAAAAAGUUCUAAGACAGGAAUAGUAAAAAACACAACUUUUUGUUGUGAAUUUUAUGGAAUAUAUAAACCUAAAAAAAGUUUGGCAGCAGUCCAAAAUGGAACACAAUGUAAUACAAAAACGAAGAAGAAAAAUUGCCCUUGGCAUUGUAAUCUCUCGUUGGGUCAGACCGGGCUUCAAACUCAAAUAACAACACUAGAUAAUAGACAUAACCACAUUCUUGUACCAGAAACCCAAAAAUUUGGAUCUAAAUACCGGAAAUUCUAUGAAUGUAGAAACAGCUUAUGUGCGACUUUGUUUAAAAAACGAUGGAAAAACUUACUUAAAAAUUAUCCAGUAGCAAAUGAUUAUUUGCUCAGAGCUCUUUAUCCAAACCAUCGAUCCUGGGUAUGUGCCUAUUUGUAUAGAGUUUUUACUGCCGACAUUCAGAGCACCUCUCGCGUAGAAGGUUAUAAUUGGAUUAUUAAGAAAGAAUUAGUGACAAAUAGCACAUUAUGUGAACUUGCCAAUCAUUUAGAUCAAUGGUUAAAAAAUGAAAUACAAUGA